AUGGACUUCAUGAUGGGAUUGCCUCGAACAUCCAGAGCUAAUGAUGAGCUUGGGCCGCACAGUACCGAUUUACUUCAGGAUGCCUUUGCUAAAGUUCGGGCUAUUCAGGAUAGGUUGAGGACAACUCAGAGUAGGCAUCAAAGUUAUGCUGAUCGCAGGCGUCGGCCCUUGCGCUACGAGGUAGGAGAUCAGGUGUUCUUACGGGUAUCACCCUUGAAGGGCAUAAUGAGAUUCGGCAGGCACGCAUUCUUGGGGAAGCUGGUGUCCAAGGACGACAUUAUGGUGGAUCCAGUAAAGAUUGAGGCUAUUCGUGAUUGGGCUAGGCCCACCUCUACUACUGAUAUUCGUAGCUUCAUCGGAUUAGUGGAUUACUACAAAUGCAUUAUUGAGGGUUUCUCUACUAUUGUAACAUCUUUGACUCGAUUGUCUCGCCAGUCUGAUCUUUCUCAGUAG